UCAGUGGAGCUAAGGUUCCAACAGCAGUCAGUCAGCGGCAGUUAAUCAACCCCCCUCCGAAUCGAAUUCGAAUUCCAAUUCAAAUCCAAGGACUCCCACAGCUCAUCAAGAUGCGUCACGCUCUACUCGUCGUCUUCCUUUGCGGCCUGCUCUUUGCAUUUGCCUCGGCUGGACUGCUGGGUGGCGGAGGUGGCCAUGGCGGCGGUGGCCAAGGAGGCUGGCAAAAUAAUGGUGGAGGACAGGGAGGCCAUGGCGGUGUUGGCCAAGGAGGCUGGAAAAACGGCGGCGGCGGCGGUGGACAAGGAGGCUGGCAAAGCGGCGGUGGAGGAGGAGGCCAUGGCAGUGGCGGCCAAGGAGGCUGGCAAAAUGGCGGUGGCGGCGGUGGCCAGGGAGGCUGGCAAAAUAGCGGCGGCGGCGGCGGCAGAGGUGGAUAUGGCGGCGGUAGCAGGUCUUUGGCUGGCAAUCGCGGAAGUUCAGUCUCCUGGCAGGGAGGCAAUGGAGGUGGCGGCGGCGGCGGCGGUGGCAAGCACGGCGGAGGAGGCUGGUAAGCCACCCCAAACCCCACACCAACACCAACACCAAACUACUCCAUCAGCUGACGCUGAUAUGUGUUCCAUGGCAUAGAGAUAGAGACACCAUAAAUACUUCUAAUAUUUUUUUGAUCCAAAGCUUCUGCCCCAACUGUUUCUAUUAUUUCUAUUUUUUUUUUACUAAUAAAGAAAUUUAAUGCAUUUUA